GGAAAGCUGUCAGUCCCUCCCUCCCGUCCCUCCUUUCUUUUAAAAGUACUCUCUCAAACCCAAUAGACUCAUACAGUUCCGCCAUACCAAAGAUCUCUCAAAAAGCAAGCAGGCAAGAAAAUAAGGGCGAGCUGAAGGAGGAGGAGGAGGAGGAGGAGGAGGAGGAGGAGAAGAAGAAGAUAAAGAACCCAUUAUGAAAGGAAUUAGAGAAGGCAAUAAAGGAGCUCCUUCAGCUGAUCUAUUAGUCUGUUUUCCCUCUCGAGCUCAUUUGACCCUCAUGCCGAAGCCCAUUUGCAGCCCAGCCAGACACUCCGAACCCACCAAGCGUCGCCACAACCACCACCGUCGCAGCCACCAUCACAAGAAAUCCACCUCCAGAGGUGCAGGCGGCCAAGCCAGUCCCCUCCUUUGGUCCAAAAACAAGCCCAUGGACUCAGACAUCGCCGAGCCCACCUCCCCGAAAGUCACCUGCGCCGGCCAGAUCAAAGUCCGGGCCAAGACGAGUACCUGCAAGAACUGGCAGUCGGUGAUGGAGGAAAUCGAGAGGAUUCACAACAACAGAUCAAAACACAAGAAGAAACCCACUUGGAUCGAGUCUCUCGGGUUCAAGAAAGAUAUCAUGCAGUUUUUGACGUGUCUGCGCGGCCUACGCUUCGAUUUCCGAUGUUUUGGGUCGUUUCCUGAAACAGAGAUCACCUCGGAGGAAGAAGAGGACGAAGAAGAAGAGGAAGAAGACGAAGAGUAUCACGAAAAGCAAAUGGGUUCGGAGGGAAGUGACAGAAAUGGGUCUUCCAGAACUGUUUUCUCCAAAUGGUUUAUGGUUUUGCAGGAAAAUCAGAGUAAGGGGAUAUUUACCAGAAACAGAGAAGAGAGAGAUGGAGUCUAUAGUGGUGGCGAUGAAUCGGUGGCUGCUCCUUCUGCACCUCCGUCAAAUGCUCUCUUGCUGAUGCGCUGUAGGUCUGCUCCGCCAAAAAGCUGGCUGGAGGAGAAUAAAGGCGGAGAAGAAGAGGAAGAAAAAGUAGGAAAAGCAGGGGAAAAAGAGAAGAAAACAGAGUCGAUGUUGGAGGAUGAGAAGAAAAAGAAGAAAGACAGCUUGGUAGUGAUGAGAUACGGCUCGGACUUCUUCAAGUUUUCUUCUGAUAUUGCAAAGGAGACGUGGGUCGUUGGCGGCAUGAGAGAUCCACUGUCAAGGAGUCGAAGUUGGAAGAGAUGAUGAUCACGGUGACCGCUGUUUUUCCAUUUCUUAUUAUGUUUUUGUUUUGUUUUUUCGUUUUAUUUUCCCUUUUAAUAAUCGUUUCGAAAAACAUCCUCUGGGUUUUGUGUGGGAAAUCAAAAUUUAAAUAACUGUUUUUAGCUCCCCCCCCUCCCUAUUUUAUUUUUGGUUUUUGGUUUUCUGGGGUUGCGCUAUGAUUCGAAAAUAUAUUGCGUCUGUACAGCUUUUCCUUUCCCCGUUCAAAAUUUUGCUGCUGCCAUGUACAUUUGUGUUUGUAUUUAUUAAUUCAGCUUUCCUUUUACUCAAA